AUGGAGCAAUCUUGGGAGUCCGAGCUUGAAAAACUGGAGCUGGUCGUUGUCACCCAUGUUGUGGAUGCCAUCACCUUUUGGGCUCAGAAUGUGAGUGAAGAUAAAACAACUGAAAACAUGGAUACCGUCCUCUCAGAAAUAUGCCCUACUGCAGCUAGAUUGACGGGACGGCCAAACCCACAGAAGUUUUAUGGGGCAUGCUACUCAGAGGACAGAUGCUGGUACAGGUGCAAAGUGCAACAGCAGGUAGACGACAAGUUUCAUGUUUCAUAUAUUGAUUACGGGAAUACAGAGGUUGUAGGCAGAUCUGACCUAGUUGAACUUCCCGAAAGCUUACAGUCUCCUGCACUUGCCAAAAAAUACAAGUUCUGGGGCUUUCAUCUGUCAAGUGAGCAGGAUUCUCCACAUUAUUUACAGGGGAAGUCCUUCCUUCAGAAUCUGAUAUAUGGAAAGAAGUUAAGAAUAAACAAGAAGUCUGUGUGCUUCGAUGGAACUAUCCUGGUCCAGGCAUUUCAGGGCAAUCAUGAUAUUGGCGAAGAGGUGUUAAAGUUUAAGUUUGCCAAAGUGAAUUCACCAGGCAACAAAGAGAGCCCCUUUCCAACUAAGGCCCUCCAAAAGCAGACUGGACUGUGGUCCUCCAGGGGACCUCAGGAAGACGGUGACAACCCUGGCUCUUUAGGAUGUAUGCCUAAGUUGCGUCCAGCUUUCUCCAACCAAAAGCCUCGAGGCCUGAUGGAGCAAAGCACCAGUGCAACCUCAAUGGCUCCAAACAUAGCAGACACGGAGAGAGAGGUGGUAAAUGAGAACCGGCCGCACAACGCAGAAAUGGUGGUCCAGCAGCUGUGUAGUCAGGUCACAGAGCAGAUGCUGAAUGAAGUUAAAUCAGAGCUACAGAUACUGAAAGAGGAAGUAAAGAAGAAAACAAGAGAGACAGAGAAACUUGAAGAGGAGAAGAAUGCCUUCCAGAAACUUGCAGAUCACCUAGAACAGGAACUGAAGGAGGCCAGACUGGAGCUACAGAAAGCGAGUGAGCUGUGUCAGCAGAAAGAAAAGAGUUUGGAGAUUCACUUUGACUCAACAGUAGGUGACAGGUUCUCUCAACUGGCUCAGAAAGUAGAAGCAGUGAGAAAAAAUAGGGAGAGUAAUUCAUGCAGUACUGCUGUGGAUCGCCUUUGGGAGUCCAUCACAUUAGUGGUGAACAACAGAAUUAUUACGCCGUUUACAUCAGACAAACUUGAGGUGGCAUGGGAGGACUACAAACAAGCUUUAAAGAAGCUUAGAGCCUGUCAAACAAAGGGGGAGCUGGAGGACCUGGUGAAGAGCAGGAAUCAGUCUCGUGGUUUUCUCUUAACCGCCAUAAAUGACUUCUUUCUGGAAGUGGACAGUCUACCAAUUAGUCAGCGCCUGGAGAGUCUGAAGGAAGUUAGCUCGUCACUGACGGCAGUGUUCACUGAUGACAGCAAUGAGUCAGUGUCAGCAGAAGAUGUUGAGGAUCAGGCUUUUGAGAAAUUUUGUGAGUGGAAGAAUCAAAAGCAUCAGAACUCUACAAGUGUGCAACAGGCAACUGAUAAGGCCCUCUGUGCUCUGAGUGACUGGGCAGCCAACGCCAGUAAGUUUUUCUGUUUGACGGAGAAGAGUGGCGUGACCCUGGAGGCUGUUGCCGAGGGGCUGGACAACAUUCUGAAGCAGGCUGAGUCCAAUGUGUGUGAGGAGUUGAAUAUUCAUCUCUUUGAACAGGAUGAUGAGGAGAUGAAGAUAAUGUCAAAUGCUUUUCAUAAAGUCAUGCAGAACAUCCACAAAGAGCAGCACCUGCUGUGUGGCAUCAGAGAGAAAUAUGAGAUAAAUAAGAAGUUUAAGCAGGACAUGCUGCAGUGGCCAAACAGCACUCCAAAAGCAGAUGAGCUCUUGUGCAUUAAGAAACGCAUCAAGAGCCUGCGCUCACAGCUGCGCUGGAAGCUGGUGGAGGUGGGCUGCCUAGAAGAGGCUGAUGAGCUGGAUUUGCCUGAGAUUCUAAAGAAGAAAGAAGAAAUUGCAGAGACAAGGAAUGCUCUAUUUCAGGAAAUUAGACACGAGAAAGAGGAAUAUAUAAAACUCUGUGAGCUGGUAAAGGGAGGUUUUCCUGAACUUGUGCAGCUCUAUCCUGAGGCACAAAUCAGCAGUUACCUGAGCUCUGAGGGGCUCUUAAUGCAGAGCUUGGACCGAGACAUAUUUGACGCUGAGCCAAUGAGGGAGCUGAGUGGGCGGAGGCCUUUGGUCUGCACUGAAUUCCAGGGCCAGAAGGUGGUGCUCAAGGGCUACUCUGUGGAUGAGGAGUCAGAGGUGAGGAUGCUGGAGCAAGCAGCUCAGUAUCACAGAGCUCAGAGUCAGAAUCCCUCUGCUGCCGUGCCUCUGCUGGGCCUGUUCUUUGGCAAGUCGGAUCCUCUAGCAUACAUCAUGGUGCCUUACUUCUCUAUUGGAAGCCUUAGGGCUAUGCAGAAAACCAACCCAUUGAUACCCUCCGAAAUUGGGAAGGUGAUGAGAGGAGUACUUGUGGGACUACAGAGUCUGCAUGCAGCUGGCAUCGCUCAUGCCUCUCUGAACCCCAAUAAUGUGUUUGUCCUUAACCGAGAGCGUGGCAUUGUAGGGGAUUAUGACUUUACAAGGACACCAGAGCAGAGAGCUGCGGACAGUGGCAUGGUGGCUGGCUCUAUCAGUCUGAUGGCCCCAGAGUUGAGGUGGGGUCAGCUGCCCUCCCCAGCCAGUGACAUGUACGCUUUUGGAGGCCUCAUUCUAUGGGUAGGAUGCUUUAUGCUCCAGACUUCAGUGGAGCUGAGGAGAAUGAGCGACAAGCCCCAGAGUUUACUGGAUUGCAGCUGGAUGACAAACUCCAAUGCCUCCUCUCAAAGCUGCUGGUAUGUUCUGGAAGAUUGUCUGCUCUUGAAGCCCUGGAUGAUGACUACUUCCUCUCACUUGAAAGCUAAAAAUUAUACUACAACAGAAAGAAUAGUUCAUUUUGAUGACGAAGCCAAUAAGUGUUAA